GCCAACCCCGCCGCCGAGCUCCUGCCUCCCGCACGGCGCUGGCCUUGCCGCCGCCGCGCGGGGUCGCCAGCUCCUGGCCAUCGCCAGGUGGCGCAGAUGCCCGAGGUCAUGGGCACCGCUCCCGGUCAUCGCCGAGAGAGAAGGGGAUCGUUCCACGUCCGUACCGGCGUCGCCGGGAAGCGCGUGCCGCCGUCGACGGUGCUUGCGUACUGCAUCGGCGCCAUUGCCCUUCUCGCGAGCGCUGGCCGCACCCGAGCACCAAAGGAGUUCUGUCUUGGCUCUUUUUGGUGCAUUUCGUUGACACCUGUUGCUUACAAACCUCAAGGGGUUAAGUAUGAGCUGCACACUCUCCAUGUGGAUGCUAAGGCUGUAACUGACGGUGACACAAUCACCGUGUAUGUUAACAUGGCCAAUCAUCCAGAGUCUGGUGAUGUGUCCCAGGAAGUGCACAAAGCGGCCACUGAGUGGACCAAGGCAUGGGUGGCCAAGAACUGCCAGCGAGCUGAUGCUUUGCAGAAGAUCAUACUGGAUGGGGGAUAUAGGCAGGUUCCUAACACGAGAGGCGAACAAGUUCUCGCAAAGAAGUACAGGAUUAGGCUAAGGGGAAUCGAUGCACCAGAGAGCUUGAUGCCUUAUGGUAAAGAGGCGAAAGAGGAGUUGGUGAGGCUGGUGCAGGGAAAAACAUUAAAGAUUUCCAUAUAUGACAGUGACCGAUAUGGUCGAUUAGUUGGAGAUGUUGACUCCAAUGGGGUUUCUGUGCAGGAACACAUGCUGAAGAAAGGACUUGCAUGGCACUGUACUGCUUAUGAUCAUCGGAUGGAGCUCAGCAAGUGGGAGAAUCAGGCACGGGUGAGCCGAACAGGAUUAUGGGCUUUGCCAGAUCCAGAGAAACCAUGGGAAUGGAGGAAGAAGAAGCGCAGUGGGACAGUGUGAAGCAGCUGUGGAUUUCUGUUGCACGCUGUUGACCAGGAAUCGCUGAUCGGUUUUAUCUGUUCGGAAUUGUAGCCUGGACCAUCGCUUUAGAGUGUGCUAUUUGUUGCAAAUUGUAAAAUCGUUGUAGAGUGGAGCACGUUUAAUUGAUUGAUGUAAGCUCCAAAUGGGGAUUAGGCUACUGUAUUUAGUAUAUUAGAACCUGAUUGAAUUGUUGUAGGGUUUUUCCCCCAGACAAAAUUGAUUGAUUUGGCUGAUCUCAUCUUGCUUCA